AUGUUGCGUUCAACCCUUCGCAGUAACAUUUUCGCUACCAAACUCAAAUAUCUUGUGAAUUCUAAUCGAUGGUAUACUUCGUCCUCUUGCCAUUAUGGCAUGUGUAUUGACAUCGAUGGGGUACUUAUAAAGGGUAAUAACGUAGUACCCGAAGCCAAGCGAGCACUUCAGUUUCUUAAUGGUGAUAACUUGUUAAAUAAAAAGAUUCCAUUCAUUUUGUUAACGAAUGGAGGAGGUGAAACCGAAGAAAGCAAGGCAGAGAAAAUGAGUGAAAAGCUAGAUUUUCUGAUAAAACCUUCCCAAAUAGUAUUAUCCCAUUCUCCCAUGGAAAAGCUCGUUCCCAAGUACCGUGACAGUGAAAUCUUGGUUAUUGGAGGUAAACGAGAUGAAUGUAGAAUUGCUGCGGAAAACUAUGGUUUCAAAAGAGUCGUAAUACCAAAUGAUAUCUUAGUCUGGAACCCGAGUAUUUGGCCAUUCUCCAACUUUCGUGAAGAGGAUUUAAAAUGGGCUAGGAUAGCUUUAGAUGUUUUACGUAGUAAAGAUGGUUAUAUUGGAACGAUAGCGAGCCAACGUGAUUUAUUGAACCAUCAGAUACCAUUAUUUUUUUCGAAUCCCGAUAUUAUGUGGUCAACAGAAUUUCCUAAUCCCAGAUUUGCCCAAGGAUCAUUUAGAAUUGCGUUAGAAUGUUUAUUCGAAAAAUAUACAGGCUUAAAAUUAAAAUCCGAAUGGUUUGGAAAACCGGAGACGGUAACAUAUGAAUACGCGCACAUGAUGUUGGAAAAUUACGCAUACGAGUUGACGGGAGAUUCUUUGCCAAAUAGAAAAAUCUAUGCCGUUGGGGACAACCCUGCAUCAGACAUUGCAGGAGCAAAUAGGCAUGGAUGGCAUUCGAUAUUGGUCAAAACAGGCGUAUUUCAGGGUGAAGGCAAUGAUUUGAAAGAUCCAGCAGACCAUGUGACUGAUAAUGUUUUGGGUGCUGUGAAAUGGAUGUUUGCCAACGAAGAAGGACAUUGA